UCAUCUCGUAUAAUUAUUGGUGACUUUUAGUUCUCAAGCAAUAGCAGCGAUAGAUGCCGCUAAGACUCAUACGAAACAACAACAAACCAAGAAAAUCAAAAUGCGAAAUGAAAUAAGUAAAAACGAUAAAAAUGCUGCAACCAUUAAAACUGGGAGAAGAACCUUGCCUGAUAAAUACUUUUACGUCGACACUCAAUUGGAUUUUGGAGACUACUCAGGAAAGAAAGAGCCUUUAUUUACAAGGGAAUUAGUAAAAUUGUGUGUCACCAAUGCAAUAAAGCAAGUAUUUGGAGAGCUUGGAAGUGCGACAGUUGUUGAUGUUGUUUUCCUAGAUCAACCUACAAGAAGAAUCAUCCUCAGAUGUCCAAGUAGUUUUUAUGUAAAACUGCAUAGCUCAUUAACCCUGGCAACUCACUAUGAAGGCCAUGAAUGCUAUUUUCGUGUUUGUAAGGCCUCAAGCACUCUCCUUAGUUUAGACUGCAACAGCAGACUAUAUAGUUUCUAAGGAGUAAAAAUAAAUAAAAUUUAAUAAAAUA